AGUAAGUAAAAGUACUAGUACUAGACCAUAGACAAGUACGAGUACAAAUGUUACAAUGGACUAUGGACUAUGGACUGUAAUAAAACGUGUAUAUAAAUGUAACUUUUUAAAUUUUUUAACUCGUCGCUAAUGCGACUUUUUUUAAUUCAUUAUUUACAUUAAUUACCAGUGAUAUUUGUACUAUUUUUAUUAUAAUUAUUUAAUUAAUGGAGUCAUACUGAGUAAACGAAAAAAAAAAAGUUAAAUUAUGAAGAAAUUUGUAAAAUCUAUAGGAAUUUUUUUAGUGUUAUUUUAUUCUUGCGGUAUUUCUACGACUUUACUGUCAAUAAACGUCAAAAAUCAAGGAGGAGAUGUAUUUCCAGAGACAAUUAUUUCAAAUGUUACUGAAGACAUUAUUACCCUAGAAUUUCAAAGAUCUGAUGGAACUUUAGUGACACAAUUGAUUGACUUCAGAAAUGAGGUACAAAUAAUAAGAGCAGUAAUAUUAGGGGAAGUAGAACGUGGACAAACUCAAUUACAAGUAAUGUGUUUCGUAAAUCAUUUUUCAAAACUGGACUUUAUAUCAUCGGACGCGAUGUCGAAACUCCGACAGAAAAAUCCUGGGACUGUACGAGUCGCCGAGGAGGAUCGCGGUUACACCAAUUAUACAAUGAAUCUGUUUAUAGAUAUUAAUAAGUCUUUAGUAAUAUCUAAACAUAUUUCAACAUUUUGCUCAGAAGCCGCCGAGUCAACUUUUACUCGUAAUCAAGAUUUGAAACUCUGGAUCCAGAGACCCGGUACCUCUGAGUCACUGAUUAUGACUGCAGUACGUAAUUUUACUUUACCAGUGAUACAAAAUUAUAAUUUUAAUAGUACUAAUAAUAUCAAUAAUAAUAAUAAUACAUUAAAUAACUCAAUUUCUACAUCGACACCAAAAAUAAAUUCAAUAAAUAAAUGCGCAGAUACGUCAAAUUUAUCUGUCGCAUGUUCAUGUUCACUUGAAUUAUGCAUCGGUUGGUAUCCAUGUGGGUUAAAAUUUUGUAAAAGUAAGAAUGAUGGUAAAAAAGUCGUGUCUCCUUAUAGAUGCGGUAUUAAAACUUGUAAAAAAUAUUAUAUAUUUAGUUAUCAAGCUAAAAUGAAACAGAAUUGUCUGUGGGAUGAAUGACAUUUACAAUUACAUUAAUUAAUAAAUUAAUUAAUUAAAUGAGGAACAAAAAAUUUUUAACAUUCUGUGCAAUCUGAGCAUUAAAUGUUCACGUAACCAUGACAAAGAACAAAUGGAAUUGAUAAUGAGCGUAAUGCAUUUCAUUUAGUACACCAAAAUUAAUCAGCGCAAGAAUUUUUAAUCCCGAAAUAAAUUUAUUGGCUUGGGAAAAAUUUUUUUGUGAGAAAAAAUUCUUGCGUUAAAAAAAAAACAUUUCUGUGUAAUUGUAAUUAAUCUUUUUUUUUUUACAAACAUUUUUUAGAUAGAUUUUUUAUUGGUCUUUUGUAUGCAUACAGCUGUGAGAUUUAUUACUAUUAAUCAUAUCACUAUUAUUAUCAGUAUCAGUAUCAGUACUAGUACCACUAGCGUAAUUACUAAUAAUUGAUAAUUAUGAUGGGCAUAUUAGUUUGUAAUUGGCGAGUAAUUAGUCUGGUUUAUUUAUAAACGGUUAAUACUGUAGAGCUAUUAGUUGAUGAGUAAGCCACGCAAUCGAUCACUUAAAAUAAUAGUGAUAUAAUUGUAUAAUUAAAUUAAGUUCAUUUAGUUGAUUGUGAAAUUCAAUUUUUUUGUUUGGAGACAAAUUAUGGGCAAUAUUUUAAACAAGUGAUCGACGUGAAUUUGGCCGACAUUUUGAAUUUUUUAAAAUUAUAUUGUUUUUUAUUUUUACAAUUAAAUUAAUUGUAAUUUUUUUAAAAUUAAUUUGUAAAUAUAUACAAAGCCAAAAAAUAGUAAAAUCAAAUUAUAGUCUUACUCAUCAAAUUUGAAAAAUUUUCUCACAUAUUUAUCAAAAAAAAUUGCCAUACAUUCCAUAAAUUUUUUUUCAAAAAUCAAAAGCGCGGGAAAAUAAUUGGCUAAUUAGUGGUUCUAAUUUCUAAUUUUCUGAACAUGCAGAAAAACAAGAACAUAUUUUCCAUGACAAACGUUUUCGGGAACUCAGUAAAGAUUUUCUUUAAUGAAAACUUUUUACUUUCAGUCGAUAACUUUUUUUUUCUGUGAAAAUUUUUUCCUUAUAUCUGAAUAGUGCUUUUAAUUAAAAAAAAAUUUAGCCAUUAUUAGCGAGCCAUUUAAAAAAAGACUGGAAAAUCUGUCCAUUUAAUACAUAUAUUUAUAAUUUCCAGUUGAAUAUAUAUAAAAUAUAUAUCACGUACCAAUUAAUUAACUUUUACUAAUAAAAAAAAAAACGUUAAUUAAAAAAUAAUAAUUCCAGUGAUUUAAUACUAAUUUCGGUGACAUUUAGAUUUAAUUGGUAUUUAUAAUUUGGGAUUGUCGACGAGCGAAUUAUGAGACUAAAAAAAAAGAAAUUAACCAGUGAACAAAUUUAAUAAUAAUUUAGGUAUCGCUUUGUUGACAAUAACGCGAAAAGUCAAUAAAAAUAAAACAAAGUUAGUAAAUAAAAUUCUAAAUGGAACAAAAAUAUAUUGUACUAUUAAAUAUAUAUAAAUAUAUAUAAAAAAAAGAUAGCAAUAUUUAAAAGAAAUUUGUAAAUAAUAAAAGUGUACAUAGACAUGGAUUUAAAAUUUUCAGGGAUUUUUUUAAUAGAAAUUAAAAUUUUACUGGAAAAUAAUUUUCUUUUAUAAAU